AAGCAUUUCAAUUGCAAUGGAGUAACUAUUGCAUUUGCCUUGAUUCUUCCAAUUUCUCCCUACGUUUGAUUUUUUUCUUCACAUGACAAAGUCAGUCAUACCCAUACUCUAUAUUUCCCUCUUAUUGUACAUAAGAAAACAAAACCCAACCUUGCAAAGCAAGAAGAAAUUUAUUGCUUAUUACUACCACUACUAAUUAGAGAGUAAUUUUAAGCAUAAAAUCCAUGCCAAUUUUAAGUUCAAUAGCCCUUGGUGUUACAAUAGCCGCAAGGCUCCCUAAAGUAGUCAAUGACUACCGAGCUCUCUUCUCCCUAAUCAAGAGAUGCUCCUCAAAGUUCUCAAAUAAAGUCACGAUGGUGAUUGACGAAUUCGAUGGACAGGGCAAAAACGAAAUUUAUGAAGCUGCUGAGAUCUAUUUAUGCAACAAUUUGUCUACAAAAAAUCGAAAAAUCAAAGCAAGUAAGACGGAGAAGGAGAAGAAUUCGAUCAAAGUCACGUUGGAACAUAAUGAGAGAGUGAAACAUGUUUAUGAUGGGCAUAAAUUCAAGUGGACUUGGCAAGAAUUUAAAUGCUUUGAUCAUCCUAAAGACAUCAAUUCUGUUUUUAGAUCUGAGUGAAGUUGUUUGGAGAAGAAGAACCUAGCUCAUAAAAUUAGAAGAUCCAUCGUGUUGUAUUAGGACCUAUUUGGAAAGUCAUCCUGGUUAUUGGAAUUGUAAUUUGAUGUAAUUACACAAUAUGGCAUGUUUGGUUGGUUAGAUAAUUACUUGGUUAGCAUAUAAUUAAAUGUAAUUGGUGGAUAAUUACACUCUUCAAUUAUCAGGAGAUAGUUGUGAAUUGUUGAUAAUUACAUUGUGUAAUUGCAAACUAGUUACUUUAUAAUUUCUUUAAUAGUUUUGAAUUGCCGGUAA